AUGGAAACGUCUCGUCCCAGGUUUGAUCGUAAGCGAAGAGACCAAAAGCCCCGGGUUUUGCUGUCCUGUACCAGAUGUAGAGAGAAGAAGCUAAAAUGCAAUCGGGAGCUUCCCUGUGCAAACUGUCUGAAACGGGGCCAGAAUGCAGGCUGCCGCUAUGUUGCAGAGCGACCGAAGCAUAUCAGUCCACAGGAAAGGUCUAGCAUAGACCAUCGCCUGCAGUAUCUCGAGCAAAGAUUAUUGAAUUUGGAAAGAAGGCGUCCACCAGAUGACCGUUCUUCAUCCACACCAGAAGAAGCCCGCAUUCAUGCUCGCCAACAACACGAUAUCUAUCCUCGGGAUCCGGAAAUGCAGACAGAGUCUGAAGCUGAACCGGGCCCAGAUCCUGUAGCCGGGCUCCUACUAUAUGAAAACAACGGGACUAGAUUCAUCAAUCCAAGUCACUGGCAGGCGAUCAUGAACAAUGCAACUCGAGAGCUAAAGAAAGAUAGGUAUGAUACUCAUGACGGCCAAGAGACAGCGGCGGUACACUUCAGUACAGAAUGCCCUGUCUUGCUAUUGGCAAUCCCACAGAUAAUGAGCGUUACGGAUCUUCUCGCUGCAUUGCCACCCCGACAAACGGCGGAUUCAUUGGUUCUCCGCUGCUUAGAUUCCAAAGAACCAUCACUAAUCAGCAUUCAUGUUCCGACAUUUAAACAAGAGUACCUCGAAUUCUGGGAGAAUCCUUCAGGGGUCUCUCCUUCCUGGCUUGCACUAUUGUAUGGCGUAUUGUCGUGUGCAGUGUACAUCCAGCACAUCAUGAACCCGGCGGUAAGCGAAUGUGGAUUGCCGGGGACCUUCCAAAAGUAUCGAAUGAAUUGUGCAGUCGCCUUAGCCAAGUCAAACUUGGUAGUCCCUGGGCGGUAUAAAGUCGAGGCUGCCAUCAUGUACCUCGGUAUUGAAUAUUUGCAAAGCAAUACCCUCAAGUCAGGAAUCUCCAUGCUCGUCGGGAUUGUCUCACGCCUGGCAAUCACGAUGGGAUACCACCGAGACCCACAGCCAUAUCAACCCCAGAUCUCGAGCUUUGAGGCCGAGAUGCGCCGUAGAGCAUGGCUUGUAUUGCUGGUCACUGACUCCAUCGUCUCGAGGCAGACGGGGCUUCCUCGAGUAAUCUACCCCGGGGUCGGAGAUGUGACUCGCCCGCGCAAUCUCCUUGACGAGGAUUUCGGUCCUCACACCCGCGCCCUUCCACCUUCUCGUCCUGAAGACCAGAUCGACAGCAACAUCACGUACAUGUUAGCAAUGGAGCAAAUGUUAGCUGUUGCGGGUGAAGUUACGAACACCGCCUCAGGGUUCACCUUGGAGCCCAAGAGGACGCUCGAACUGAACCACCAAUUGGAAAGAAUCCGAGAUCAGUUACCUCAGGCUUUUCGCAUGCUGCCACCAGGGACUAUCGUUUCUGAUGAUGCAACUGUUAUCCAAAAAUAUGGCUUGGAAAUGAUAUACCAACACGCGCGGUGUGUCUUGCAUCGACAGUAUCUAGUAACUCCACGGUCGGAAGGUCAACACCAAGCCUUCCGGUGGGCAUGCGUCGAUGCAGCUCGACAGAUCCUAGCACUCCAGUCCGAGCUUUUCCAAGGUGUCCUGGGAAAGCCCCGCAAUCGGCAACGGGUGUGGUUUGGUGCCUCUCGUUCAAUAUCGGACUGCAUGACUGCCGCCAUGGUGAUAUGUCUAGAGGUUAUAAAUCAGUCCCAGAGGAGCCAAUAUCCCCAUGGUACCGUGCGGGGUGAGCUUAUCCAGUUACUAAGGACGUCCUACACGUCCUGGAAGUUCUCCCUGCGACCAUCGCUGGAGACGAUGAAAGCUGCCGACAUAGUUGCCACGAUGCUACGUCUUCUAGGCGCGGGUGGUGUUGAUACUCCGCCUACUAUGCCCGGCGAUGGAGAACAGCAAUCCAUUUCGGCAGACAAUGUAGAUAAUGUUGCAAAAGCUGCUCCCACGCGGAUACAUGAAAUGCUGAACGGCGACUUUACGUUAGAGAUGUUUGACUGGGCCCUCUGGGAUCGUGAGAUGCAAGACCUGCAUGGGCUUGUCUCAGAAACUGGAGGAAUUUGA